GGUCGGCGGGCGGAGCGGCGGUGAUGGCGAUGAUGGCGGCCGGGACGGGCAAGCCCCGCCGGCGGCGCGCAGGAAAUAAGCAUUCAGCUGCUCUGAAAAAUGAAGAUGCUGCUCAAAGGAAAGCAGCUCUGGAGGCUGCACUGAGAAAGAAGAUUGAAUUUGAGAAAAAAGCAUUGUCUAUUGUUGAACAGCUCCUGGAAGAGGACAUUACUGAAGAGUUCCUUCUAAACUGUGGAAAAUGUAUUACUCCAUCUCACUAUAAAGACAUCGUUGAUGAACGGUCUAUCAUCAAGCUAUGUGGUUAUCCUCUAUGUCACAAUAAAGUGGAAAAUGUGCCAAAGCAGAAGUACAGAAUUUCAACAAAAACAAACCGAGUUUAUGAUAUCACUGAAAGAAAGUGCUUUUGCAGCAACUUUUGCUAUAGAGCAUCUAAGUAUUUUGAAGCUCAAAUUUCCAAAAGUCCGGUAUGGAUGAGAGAAGAAGACAAACCACCAGACAUAGAGCUGCUGAAGGAGGGACAGAGUGGGCAGUCUGGAGAAGAGGUAAAACUACGUGAUGAAGUAAUUAAAGCAUCCGACAUUGAAAAUCCUAGGAUAUCUUCAGAUCCAUGUGAAUCUGCUUCUCAUGACACAGCCAGUGACAGCAGUACUGAUACUGAACAAGAAUUUGUUUCUUCUGUCCUACCAGGAAUUCAGUCAAGUUCAGCCAAUUUUGCACAGCAAUUGCACAGAAAAAGCAUCCUCAAAAAGAAGCAUGUUCAGAAGGUCCAUGCCAGGCCUAAAACUGAAGAUGCAGAUGUGGUAGAAGCCAUUGAACAACUCUCUCAUUGUAAAAUAGACACUCAGGAAGAAAUACAUGCUUGCUCUGUUCAUAAUGAAGUAACUGCACCACCUUCAAACAAUACUGCUCUUGGGAAAUCAAGUGCUUCAGAAAUCUGUGUAAAUACAUGUGGAUCACAGAUAGUUUUUCUAGGUGUGAGCAAAAGAGGAGCAGAACAUCUUAAAAGAACACUAGCUAAGUCAACAGAACAUAAAAACCCUGAACUGAGGCAUCCAGUUAAUUCCAAAGGCAGUUUAUUAGAAGUGCUUAGGCAAACACUUAUGGAAUGGAGAACUGAGGAAACUUUAAAAUUUCUCUAUGGCCCGAACUAUACUUCUUUGUGUUCAUCAGAGUGCAUAGUAUCUGCCAACCAGGAGUCUGAAGAACUUGAUGAGGAUGACUUAGAUACAGCUGAUGAUCUCAACACUAUUGCUGUAGAGGAGUCUGAAAACAGCUUGAAUUACUCUUUACCUUUCACAGGCUCAGGUGGAAUACUUAAGCCUGUUCCUAGUUAUGAAAAGUUAAAAGAAGAAACAGAGUUCUUAGAAGUCCGAGUAAAAGAGUUCUAUGAAGGAAAGUACAUCUUGGCUGAAGAGGCAGCGACACAAGCACAGGCAGGGGAACAUCCUAGCAGAGACAAAGAUGAUCAGCAGGAAGAUCUCACCUUCCCACUUGUUGAUUCAAAUGCACAAAUGCAGAUUAGGAAGCGAAUUGUCCUUGAAAAAUUGACGAAAGCAUUAUCUGCAGUUUUGGGCCCUCUUCAGAUUGCUUCAGGCGAUGUUUAUACAGAGCUAAAAAGUCUUGUCAAAACUUUCCGGUUAACAAACAGAAAUAUUAUUCACAAAAUGCCUGAAUGGACUCUAAUUGCUAUUGUUUUGCUAUCUGUAUCAGCUUUCUCUCCAGUACUAACUUUGGCCUGAUGGAUGCAUCAUACUUCGGGAUUUAAGAUACUUUACUAACUAAAUUGCACUCCCUAGACAAGUGUACUGUAUCUAGUAAGAUAACUGGAAGUGAGAGGUUCUACCUCAAAUUAAGCAAGCAGUCAAUAUAUUGUGAAGAACAUGCAGAAUUACAGUGAUGCUUUCAACUUACUCUGGUCCAAAUGUCUGAGUGCCUUUGGGCAUGAAAUGAAAUGGAUAAAUGCAGCAAGUGUUGGCGUUCACCUCCUCAACGGAAGCACUAUUGUACGUGAUUGAUGCACAGCAGCACUACAGUUGUAUGUGCAGGCAGAUGGUCUGUGGGCUGCAAUGCAGAUCGAAGUCACUGAGGUUUAUUGCUGAUGUGUAACACUUGUUGGAUUGACUCAGUCUAGCCAAUUGUCUUAAACAAAACAAUUGCUUUUGUUAACCAGUUGUGUUGGAGACUUCCUUAAAAGGAACAUAACUAAAACGGAAUCUAAAAGUGUACUCCAUAGAACUGUUAUAUUGAAAGAAAGGCAUUUCUGAUUAGCAACAUUGUUAUUGUGUUGCUGAGCCCAUCAAAUGUGUAACGUAAGAGUAGUGCAAAUAUCUUUGGAGUGUUUAAAAAAACCCAAAACACCCCAGCCCUUCUGUGUUGAUACAGUAGGAACCCAGUACAGUGGCACGGUAUCUGCAGGGUUGUAGCUGGAGCAAGAGUAUAUUGAUCAGAAAUUUGUUGGCACCCUUGUAGCACAUAUGCAGUAGUCUGUGUCUGUGUUUUUGUUGAGGAAGGAGGAAAAAAAUGCUGCCUGUAGUGCUACCUAGCUCUUGCUUCAUUUCUGUGUUCUGAAACAAGUGUUAAGGAAACUUUUGUGAUCAUUCAUUGGUUCAGCUCUAUCAUUCUAAUAGAAAACUAGUUAUCAAUCAUCCUGGUUACAAUGAUCCUAAAAAAUUAAGUGACUAGAACAAAAGGUAGAAAGAAACAAAGAAUAAAAAAACCCAACCCUUAUGUUAUGAUGGUUGUGUUAAGUCUUAUUCACAGUGCUUAAAUACCUAUAACUGGCAGAAAGAUACCUUAUUUUCCAAAGCUUACUCUGGGAAGAGAGGUAGUGCUUGCCUGUUCCAUCAUUCUCUUUUAUAAUUCUGUUCUUGUUCAAGUUCCAAGGAUGUCAAACAAGGUAAGGGACUCAAAAAAUUGUGUUUAGAUAUAUGGCUUCUGCCACAACCAGUGGCUUUUACUUUUUUAAGCUUCUACCAUUAGAAAAAAAUUAGGAAGACUGGCAAUGCUCUGAUUUUCUAGGAGGAGCUUAUUAUUAGUCUUCUGAGAAUUGGCAUAUGGUUUUUCUUCGUGAAUAUACAAGUGCUUUCCAUGAUAUGUGCACUCAAAUUCUCAACCGUUUAUGUAUCAUUUUAAGUGACCAAUUUUGGGUAAUGAAAAAGAACCCAAGUCUUACGUGGUUGUGUUUUUACCCUUGUUUUCAGGUGUCUAUUUCAGAGAGCUGUAACUGACUGGUAACACAGUGGUGGCUUUGGAAAUUUUAACUUUUUCAAAGGGAAUCACAGAAUUCAUCUAAAACAGAAAGUCCAGAAAGCUUUCCCUGAGAUCCAGUAGCUGAGAGAAGGAUGGUACUGGACAACUAGUUUGGGUUUUUACAAAGAAUAGUCACACCCCUCGAUAGGAAAUGCCAAUGAAUCCUUUUAACUACAGAAAAAUUUUAUCUUUUCUGAAUGUAAUCAGCUGUCUUCAUUAAGGUAUGCAUAGAUCUAAGAAUGAGUUGCACACACGAGCAUAUCAAUUAAUGAAACUUACUCCUAAAAAUAAUUCAGGUUUAACUCCUAAAUAUACUUGCCAAAUAUUUUUGUAAGGCAGCUGAUUCAUAGGAAGCUUGGGUCUUGAGCUGAAGCACUGAAACUAUGUUAAGAUUUUGUGGUAGCCAGAUGUCCUGUAAUAGCUUGAUAAUAAUUGAUUAUUCUUCACAUGAAUUUCACUUUUGUGGGUUUUUUUUCUUGAACAUGUAACAUAUGUGGAAUAGCCAGCAAAUACAAAUUUUAUCAAUCAGAUACAGUUUGACAUUUUUAAUACUUUUUAAACGUUACGAAUGCCUGUUUACCAUAUGGUGUAAGUGGGUGUGCAGGAAACGACACUCUCAUCAAGUCUGAUACACUACUUUUCCAUGAUCUGAGCAUAAACAUUUCCUUUUAGUGGCUCUGCUGAAGGCAAGCCUUUGAAGAAUGGGUGUGUAAUUUUGGACUGUAACAUUUACGUUUGUGUACUUCUCUAGGUGGUUAUUUUAAAAUCACUUAAUCCUUUAGCUUUUCUUAUUUUUAUUUGACUUUAUUCAUAAAAGGUUGUUCCAGAUUAAUGUUGCAACAUGUGAAAGAGAUAACAGAAAAGCAAAAUUUUUAUUUUCUUUUCAUUGUUGCACUUGCCAGUUGUUAUUAUUGUGGUCCCAAGUAUCCCAUUUCCUGUUUAUUUUCUACAUCUUUUGAAGACACUGCAGACUUUGAAGGGAAUUCCACAAUCUCUGAACUGAAAUCCUGUGUAUCAUUAAAUUGAAUUAGUCAUCAUAGUUUCUUGAGAGAUAGGAUCAUUGUAAUUUUCUGUGACUUGAAGAUACUGAUCGUGAAUGCUGUUCUGGCUUGUUUGCAUACAAUUAAGGCUUAAUUCAGUUAAACAGUCCCUCAAUAUUCUGUUGUGCAGUACCUCAAAUAUACAUUGGACCAGUGUUAGAGCAUGUAACUUACUACUCCUUGCAAACCAGCAACUUGUGCUUGCUCCUUUCCUAGACAAAAGCUUCUGCAUCUGCUUCAACAGCCACCUGAAAGUAGAAAAGUACUCAAUGAUAACUGCUUUUCAAAUGACAAAGCAUCAUUUGAGGGUCAAAAGGACACAGUUUUCCAAGGGAAAAGUGUUUGUACAUAUAUUCAUAAAUAUUGAACAUGUUGUCCCAUCAAGAUGGAACUUUUAACUAAUUGCUAAAAACUCGGACGUGCCUCUCUGAAAUUAAUUGCUGAUUUAGUCUCUUGCUAUCAGAUAAUUAGUAGCUUAAUUAGUUUUAAAACAAAGUUCAGGUAAGAAAAAAAAUUCAUCCAUUGCUAAAACUUCUUUUUAACUUCUAUUUCUUUCUCAAUAUUUAAUGCCUGGCAAUUUCUCUGAAAAUACCAAUACCUUUUUGUUUCUUUCUUGGUGUUAGCUAUAAUAGUUACUCUUUAAACAGUGUGUCUUCAACAGGGUCUGACAUUUAGGACAUGUUUGUAAUUCAUGAAACUAUGUAAUAUCACCAACUGCAGUUCCAAAAAAAAAGUAUGUGAGCUUCAUUCAUGGUAAUAAAUAUUUUGGUUUUAGAGUAUUCCUUAAAACUUCACAAGCUUUCUGCUGUUUUUGAAAAAUAAUGUCCUCUUAACAUCCUCUUAAGCCCAUGGCAGGAGUAAGAAAAUUCAGAUAAAAAUGCAUGUAAAACUGUGUCAUGGCCAGGAGAAUGGUUUACAAUGCUACAGCUGCCUCACACCAGCACUCAGGAAGUCAUGACUGUUUUUGCCACCAGUCUUUUUUCAUAUACAACCUGCAUAAUUCGGAGAAGGGUGAACUGAAGACGAGUAGUAAUGCAUCUCCUUGUCGUCCUCCUGCUAUCCCUGUCUCCAGACUAACACUCUGCAAUGGUUCCUUUGAUCCUCUAUCAGCACUUCCUGUGCUCCACUGCUGAUAAAGCGUCCCAAUGCAAACCCAGCCUCCAGGCUGCCAGCCCUGGGCAGGGGCGCUCUGGUUCACCAGCCCAAAGAGUAACCCCCGUACCUCUCACCAGGAAAGAAACAACUCAGUCCCAGAUGGCAUGGAGUAAAUUACAAAACCCAGUGGCCUCAGGCCAAAAAUCACAAACCUGCCUACUUCUCUUUUUAAUACAUAUAUGUGUGUGUAUAUAUGUAUAUAUCAGAGUUUAUGCCUAAGUCAUUUCUUUCCACACCUUCCCCUUACUUAGAGCAUCUCUGAAAGUCCUUCUCAGCAAGUGACAGUGUUUGAUAGCUGAAAUAUUUAGCUAAAUAUACAUACUGCAAUGGAAUCCAGAAAGAAAUGGGAAGUAAUUUUAACUCAUUACAAGUUAAUUUUUUUUCAUUAAUUAUUUUGGUAAAUUUAUUUUUUAUUAAGUGAUUCUUAUUUACUAUGUCUUGUCAGGUCUUUUGUUCAUAUUUUAUCUCUCUUCUUGCUUAAUUUAAAAGAAUCUUCUUUUAUAUGCAGUUUUUUUCAAGUGGAGGUAGUCUUAAUACCAGUGACUGCAAGGAGAUUGAUCUCAGUUGUUAUUCACUUCAAGACUUCCUGAGCUGGGAAGUUUUUAGGAAGCUGUAGACUAUCUUUAAUUUCUUAUUAAAAGUACGUCAUUUCACAAAUGUAUUCUAAAAUAACUAUUUUGUGUGGUGUCAAUGGCACUGUAUUUGAGACAAAGUAACUUGCUGGGAUAUGAGUCUUGUUAAGUGAUGUCAGUAUGUUUGGUGUUGAAGUUUCUUAACAUUCAGCAUAAGCUUUAAUACUUGAUUUUGUUCAUUAAAGUUUUUUUUUUUUUUAAUAUUUGGGCUUAGGAAGUAGAUUCAGCUAUUACUACCUUUGCAAUAUUUUGCAAUAGAAUUAGGAGAAAAAGAAAGGACCUUAGGAUAAAAAUAUAUUCUGAUAAAUUAAAUGGCAGAUGAGAACUAACAGUUCACCUAUCUGCAUACAGAUAUUAUUAGGUGAUCCGCAUAGUGGUAGCCCCUUCCAAACUGAGGAAUUUUAUAUCUCUUUUAUAUUUUAGUCAUGUGAACAAGUAUAUAACCUUUACUGAAUGACUGUUUAGGAGCUUUUUGGUAAAGAAAUAAAUAAUGACUGCGAUCUUUCCUUUUAUAUGUGUAAUUGUAUGUUUUGCAGUUUGUUCAUUCUGACAUCGGUCUACAUUAUAUAACAUCUAUGUACGACUGAUUAGAAGCAUGCAAACUACUCUCAUUUUUUCUAAUUAGAUUUUUUUUUGUUUCACUACAUAUUAAUAAAUCAUAUUUUGGUACAGCUCAUAUUGUAUAACAUACAGUCUAUUAUAAACUGUAAUUAAUCAAAUGUGACAUUAUAAACUGCCUUCUUCAGUACAGUUGUUUGAGCUCACAAGCUUUGCUUUUUAACAUCUGCCACUCAAAAGUUGCUUUUCUGUAUGAAAUAUGUUUGGGUUUU